AUGAUUGGCAACCAUUUUGUGUUCAAAAGGGUUUUGCUGACCAUCCUCUUUAGCUUCUUUGCAUCGCUGUUGAUCUACACUGAUUAUUUGCAGGAAUUGUACCUAUUCAGCAAUAAGUUCAGGCUCACAGAGUUCAAAGUGGAUAUGAGCACCUAUCAUUUCCUGAAGAGCUACUCGGACCUAGAACAGCACUCGCUAUCUUCCAUCAAGCUUUCAAAGGUCCUAAAUACCAUUGAGCAAAUGAGCGGCGAUUUAGAUACAGCCGCUCAAGAGCUAUAUCUAUAUCCUCCAUUUCCUAAAUUGGAUCUGGUCUAUGUGGGGCCUACGUUUAUCGAGAAUGGGUCGCUAUCGCUCAAUUGUGAAUACAGUUUUAUGAAAUUCAAAUGCCGUGUGCAAGGGCUCAUUCGCAGCGAAAAGACGUAUUUGGUGAACACAUAUCUGAGCGACUCGAAAUUCGAGGAGAUUGAGUUCCACGCUUCCUGGAGAGAUUUGGUGCAGUUCUACAAAAUGAAUCGCCUUAAUGACGAGAAUACUACCAACUUACGUCUGAUAGCCAAUUACCUGUUUCUUUUUGGCUUCAACGGUACCCAUAUCCCUCUUUUUGCGUCCCCGUCAGCUGAGGUCGACUCGGCAGUUAUUGAGAAUAAGAUCGAGCUUUACAAUAAGAUACAGAGCACCAUUAGGGACUUCAUCGGGCUCGUCCAACUAAAGAUGGUCAACUUUGCGCUCAUUGCAGUUUCGUUUAUUGCUGUGCUGCUAUUGCAUCUUAUUCUUUAUUGGGUGCUCUACCUGGUGUGCGGGUAUCGGUCGAAAAAAAAUAUAGAAAACGGCCCAUUGGUGAAUUACGAGGAUGCCAUUGUGCAGGAUUAUAACUUACAUUCCAAUAGUGCGAUACAUUUUGACCAACCAAGGAAGCCCGAUUUGAAGACCGGGGCUUCUGAUCUGGAGCAGCAGAAUGACAAUAACGAGGAUUUCCAGAAUCAGGACUUAUUGGGUAAAAGCCGUUUCGCGUUUGGGCUUAUAAUAGUUUAUUGUCUCGUCCACUAUCUUGUGUAUUACCUUAUUGACUUCCUAAUUCAGCAGGCGAUCAACCAGAUCUUUCGCAGUGUCACAAACGGAGAAAUAGAGCUGAGCGGGAUCAGCAGCACAAACACGUUGGUUGCGACUUCGGGGCUGCCAGAUCUGUCUCCGAUAUCUGAUGGCUCGAAUUGGAACAAUAACGGCGGAGAAACGUUCACUUCGCUGCUGAACAUAUGUGGCUUGGUUCUGAAUACGCUGAUAUUCAGUUUCUUCCACUACCUUUAUGGCGUUUUGGUGUACGUUUACACGCUAACAUGA